AAUUGUAAAUUGGCGCUUUCGUUUCUGCGUCGAAGGUUAGUGCCAAGAGGUGGACAAGUUUGUGACAUGCCUUUAUCGAGCAAGGCUCGAGUGUAUGCAGAUGUAAAUCUUAAUCGUCCUCGCGAGUAUUGGGAUUAUGAAUCAUAUGAAGUAAAAUGGGGUGAUCAAGAUGAUUACCAAAUUGUUCGAAAAUUGGGCCGCGGCAAAUACAGUGAAGUGUUCGAAGGUUUAAAUAUAACCAACAAUGAGAAAUGUGUCAUAAAGGUGUUGAAGGUAAGUCAUCUCAACGCAUAAUUGCUGCCUUAAGCCUGUCAAAAAAAAGAAAAUCAAGCGUGAGAUUAAGAUCUUGGAAAAUCUACGUGGCGUGACAAAUGUAAUAUGCCUUGAAGCAGUGGUAAAGGAUCCUAUUUCUCGCACACCUGCCCUCAUUUUCGAACACGUCGAAAAUCGGGAUUUCAAAGAGUUGUAUCAUACCUUAACAGAUUACGACAUUCGGUACUACAUGUUCGAAUUGUUACGUGCACUUGAUGCAUGUCACAGCAUGGGAAUUAUGCAUCGGGAUGUGAAACCGCAUAAUGUUAUGAUUAAUCAUUCCCAAAGAAAGUUACGUUUAAUUGACUGGGGUUUGGCAGAAUUUUAUCAUCCUGGGCAAGAAUAUAAUGUUCGUGUUGCAUCACGAUACUUUAAGGGACCUGAGCUAUUGGUUGAUUACCAGAUGUACGAUUAUUCUUUAGAUCUUUGGUCUUUGGGGUGUGUUUUUGCUAGUAUGAUCUUCAGGAAAGAACCUUUCUUCCAUGGUCACGAUAAUUAUGAUCAAUUAGUUCGAAUUGCCAAAGUUCUUGGUACAGAAGAGCUAUUUCAGUAUUUGACCAAAUACGAAAUAGUUCUGGAUCCUCGAUUUAAUGAAAUUUUAGGCCGACAUACGAAAAAGAGAUGGGAACGUUUUGUACAUGCAGAGAACCAACAUCUUGUCAGCCCAGAAUCACUUGAUCUUCUGGAUAAAUUAUUGCGUUAUGAUCACGCUGAACGACUAACUGCUCGAGAAGCUAUGGAACAUGUGUAUUUUCGUGCUAUUGUGCAGGACCAUGGUGGUCGAAUCCCUGUUGGUGCUCAGCAGAAUAAUGAUGGUACUAAAAAACCUGGUUCGACCACGCCAAGUACGAAUCCGACGUAAUAUCCGCUAUUAUUAAAGAACAUUAUUUUCAUUAACGUUCCACUAUGCGACUAUGGAUAAUCUCCAUUCUCCAAUUGUUUGGAUUUGUAUAAAGCCCGGUUGUUUUACUGCAUCCACCAAUCAUAUAAAAUUUUAUAACUUAGUGAAGCGCUUUUGUUUAUCAAUGGGUCCGACUUUUGUGUAUCUGUAUCUUCUAUGUUUAGAGGUGUAUUCCUUUUAAAAUAGUGUUUCUUCAUCGGUGACAUGGUUCUCUACUUGUUUGAUUCGGUUCCGAAGGUAUUUUGCUGUUAGCUUAAAAAUGAAUGCAGUCAUGUUUUGCACUGCACAUUGUCUGUUAAAAAUUGCAUUUUCACGACCAAUUAGUAGAUGACUAUCAGUUUACCUCUUAAAAUUGAAUGAAGCUUGUUUGAUUAUAAAGUUGAAAUCUUUAUGCUUCUUAUUGUAUUUGGCUCACUUUCUUCAGAUGACCUGUUCUAUAGAAUAAAAUAAUUCGUAUGAGAAAUGUGUGCAUAAAUUAUGUGUUUGAGUUUUUAUUCGAUUACUUUCAGUUAAUAAAUUACAUAAAGUAGAAAAUUGAGCGUGACAAUAGAUUUUAGUGUUAAACAGAACAAAUAUAAUUUAUUUGGGUUCAGAGUUAUAUGUUUAUUCUAGACUAAGUGCAAAACAUUACUGAAGUGAAAUGAAGAUAAGUUUAUAGUUUUUGCUACAAAUAAAUGUGAAAAUCCCUGUAUUUAUCGAGUUCGCAAAUGAUUGAAUAUUUUGAUCUAAAAACUUACAGAUUGAUAAUGCUGGUGAUAAUUUAGAUCGAAUUCUACCAAAUUAUAUUAAUUUUUAGUUCAUCUACAAAUUGUUUAGUAAAUAGUAGUCGUUCUUCUAUUCAAAUGAUGAAGUCGUUCUCAGUUUGCCCUUUCUUAUUUAACCUAUACGAAACAUGGGGUAUACAUAGGUUCUGAGCUCAAAAUUGUGGGUAUCUUUGAAGUAAUACUUAUGUUAGACACAGAAAAAGUAGUGAAACUGUUUGUUUAUGAACUAGUAAUCUUGAUAUGCUCAUCCUCUUUUUCGCGUUGGUAUAGAAUGGUAGGCUUUUAAUGAUACAGAUUAGGAAGACAUCCAUCCACUGAGUUGUUGACUAUUAUUCUGAGCAGUGUAAGGAGCUGCAUGUUUCCUGAAUCAGGAUAGUAUUUGAGUUUUGAAUAUUUCUUAAGUUAUGGGGAGUCCCAUCGAGUCGAGUAGCAACUUACUGCAAUUAAGUAUCUUAUUGAAGAAUAUUACACCCUGUAACGUCAGUCAUAUAACUGAAGUUAGGAAAAAUUGAAGACUUAACAUAAUUACAGAUGCAACGCAAAAGAAAGACUAUGUCACAUUAUACUUGUAACUGCGCUAUGCUGAAUAGCCUUGUAACUACUUAUGUUGCCAGACUUGUUCUGUCUAGAAAAUUUACCCGUGUUCCGGUUAAUGCUAUCCUGUAUUUCUGAAGAUUCCAGUUUUAAAUCUUUAUCGUUACUGACAUGAUAUUUUUGUUAAGACAGAGGAAACCGUUACCAGUUCUCAAGAACUGGAUAUUUUAAUGACACCAGAUCAUAUAGGCUUGGCGUUUAAAGCGGUCACUACCCCUUUCCGCCAACAACGUCCAUCCAAUAUAGUUCAGAUUACGGACUAAGAGUAUUUAAUGGGGUUAAGUAUUUUGGGUCUAAGUAAUACUACUGUUACCGGUGGAUUCUAUCACACUAGUAGCCAAAGGUAGUGACGUAAAUUCGUAUACCCUUCACAUUUACUUUACUAAUUUGCUUCAAAGAAGGUUGUGGUUAAAUAGUCAAAAGUAUGUUUUUUAUGACCACAUACCAACUAUCCCCAUUCCAUGAGUAUUCCUUCACAGGAACUAAUAACUCGUAGCAAGUUGUUUGAGUAUUCAUAAUGUUAUAUGGAGUAUUAAGAGUUAUUGGCUAUCCUCCAUCAUGGAAUCCCAAAAAUGGGACUAGGCUUGUGAAUAGCACUUAUAAGUGUUUACUGAAUUUGAGGGCAAAAUAGAUUUGCACGGAACUAUUUAUUUAUUCAAACACAAAUGUUGGCACAAAAGAGUACCGACAUGUAUGUGCCACAAUGAGAUUGCGAAGAGAUAGAUAUGGGUUUGUGGAAGAGAGUUUAUGGCGCGUGUUUGUCGAAUCAUGACCAGCGGCCAAUGUUCACGAGGGGUAAGAGGCAUAUAUAUAGAAGUCCUCAAGCGAAUGUCUCGGUAUUGACCCCCACUACUAGCUGAUCAUAUCUUUAUUAAUGACUAGUUUUCGAAUAUAAAACCCUCGUUCCGUACAGUCUUCAACACGUCAGUGUAGCUUAACCUCCCUUCGUUUUGAAGUUGCACGUAAUUUUUUAAACAAGAAAAUGAAUAAUCUGGGCAUUCAAUUACUGAUUGAAAUAUUUGCAAUCAAUCAUUUAAAGUUACUCAAUUACCCUAAACUUCUUUGUUUUUAGUUCCCAUGUACAUCACUGUAUAAAAUGAAAAAGAUGUACCCAGCAUUAUCAAAUAGGUGGUUUGAUAGUUUGCACUUAUUUAUACUCGGGAUAAUCUUAAAGGUUUAUCUUGCGAUUGUGUGUUGCAAUCACUUCUCAUGUUUAGUUGUAGUUAUUUGGUUGAUUAAUAUUCAGUUUCUAAAAGUGAUAUGAAGUGUUUGUUAUUCGUGUGCACCAGUCAGUAUCGAUACCUAAAGUUGAUUUCUAAAUAUAUUUAUUCAAAUGUGACUCUUAGUCCCAUUGUUAUUCUUUAUUAUUGACUAACUUUAGAUUUAGUGAUUCCGUAUUUAUUGGGAACACUCAAAAGUAUACCUUUGUUUAUGUUGUGGAUGCGGAGGAAUAGACCAAUAAUUAUCAUGUUAAGUCCAAUGGUGACCUUGGACUUUAGAUGGACAUUUCCUAUUGGUCGAUACCUGUUCACUUGUUGAAUAUUGUACAAAAUGUUGUUUUCUAUUUUAUGGUACGAUGUGGUAUGCUUGGUUAGUAUAUAAAUAGAGUAUGUUUGAAAUAUAAUGAUUCAUAUCUCCGAGGCUGUGGCUUGUGUUCUGGACUCAACUGACUGGGCUAGACAGGGAAGCGAGACCAAUAGAGACUCUAGGCCGUCCGUUCGUGUUUACGUGUCGCUGUGAUCGAUCGAUAAGUACGCUGCUCUCUAAUUUUCCAGUCAAGGACACAACAAUUAGCACAGG